GACUGAGUGUGGUUCUAUUUCGUACGUGAACAGGGUCACGCCGAAAAUGACGCAAGUUGUGUCGGCAAUCAAUAGCAGUCGACUGCCGUUUUAUCCAGCCGACGAAUCAAAAUCUCUUCGUGACCAUUUCUCCAACGAUAAAAAUAAUAUUUGGCACUUAGUACAAUAGAAUAAUAUGGUACAAUUAUGAAUGGGCGUUUGUUUUAAUAAUAGUCGUGGGGACGCCGGCUGAAGACUGGUAAUGAGCGCCAUGGCCGGCCCGGGGUACGUCCUAGGCGUCGACAUCGGCACCACUUCGGUCAAAGUGUGCGUUUUCAACCCCGAAAACAACGAAAUCGUCGCUCAAAUCGGCAAGGAGACACAAUCGAACGUCCCCAGUGACCAAGGCAUCGACGGAAACAAACAAGACGUCCCGAAAAUCAUUUCCGCCCUCAACACGUGCGUGGCCAAAUUACAGAAAAAUCUGCUGCAGCAGAUAACCAAAAUCGGGAUAUGUGGGCAAAUGCACGGAGUCAUGUUCUGGAACCAGGAUAAAUCCUGGGAACGGGUAGAGAAAGACAACAACUUAGUGCGCUUCGACGUUGUCCAAGAUCAAGUGUCAGCUCUCUACACUUGGCAGGACAGCCGUUGUGACCCUUCCUUCCUGUCAUCCCUACCCGUCCCCCAAUCUCACUUGAAGGUCUACACUGGUUUCGGCAACGCCACAAUCUUCUGGAUGGCCAAAAAUAAACCUGAAAAGCUAAAACGGUAUAACCGAUGCGGAACUAUCCAGGAUUUCGCCGUUGCUAUGCUUUGCAACUUAUCCCGACCUAUAAUGUCGGACCAGAAUGCGGCGAGUUGGGGAUACUUUGAUUGCGUGCAUCACCGCUGGAAUGAGGAAAUACUGAAACAGGCAGGUUUCCCGAUAUCCCUCCUUCCGGAAAUCAAAACAAGCGGAGAGAUAGCGGGAUACCUGGCGGACAACUGGCACAGUAUUCCCAAGGGAACUCCCAUUGGAAUCGCCCUUGCAGACUUGCAAUGUUCAGUUUUAUCCACCAUUGAGACAAAUAAGGAUGCAGUUUUAAACAUAUCGACUUCGGCACAAAUCGCCUUCGUCGCCGAAGACUACAAACCAAGUACAGGACCUCCGUCUGUAUCAACCGUAGAGUACGUCCCUUACUUCAAAAACAAGUAUCUGGCUGUUGCCGCGUCCCUAAAUGGGGGCAACUCCUUGGCGACUUUUGUCAAAAUGGUCCAACAGUGGACUAUGACUUUGGGGUUCUCGGUGCCACAAUCUAAGGUUUGGGAGAAAGUCAUUAGUUUGGGUUUGGAGGAGAACAGUGUUUCAGACUUGAAAAUUUCCCCCACUUGUCUUGGUGAAAGACACGCCCCUAAUGUCACCGCCUCUGUCACUAACAUUAAUAUCGGGAAUCUCGAAUUGGGAAAAGUCUUUCGAGCUUUAUGCAAUGGCCUACUUGUUAAUUUGCAUAGUAUGAUGCCUAGGGAUAUUCUCCAAAAUGCGAAGAUAACAAGGAUUGUUGGGAAUGGGUCAGGUCUGUCCAGGAACAAAGUCUUGCAAAACGAAGUGUUGAAUCUUUACAAGUUGCCUUUGGUCUUUACUACGGGGGGUGAUGCGGCUAAAGGGGCCGCCAUGGCCAUGAAUUUAGAUACCGUAAAUUUUAAGUAACUAGUGUCCAAAUAUUUAUGUCUGAUUUAAAUUUAGAGUGAUAAUAACGAGUCCCGUACAAUCGUCCAAUAGUGGCCUAUUUUGUUAUGAAUGUAACACAAAUAAAGAUAUAUCUACACUCUA